GAUAUUCAAAAAACAUUUUAUUUGGAAUAGUCAGGAAAUAGACUUAUUCUUCUUUCUUCUUUUUUAUACCUCUUCCUCCCCCCUUUUCCCUAUAAAUCCCAAAAUAGAAAACGCAAGCCACUUAACUAUCACUAAUUAGAAACUGAACAAAGAAGAAGAAGGGGAAGAAGCAAAAGAUUUGAUGAUGGUGGAAGAUUUGAACUGCUUAUGGACUCUCCUCUCCAUCCUUGUACACCUCGUUCAUGUUCUUAGGAAGGCCUUCAUGAAUGUUUUCUCCAACUCUUCUUUCUCUCAUCCACCUCUAUCAUGGAAGAGGCGUGCCGACAUGCCGGUCUCGGCGUCGAAAAAGGUAAGGGAUGUAUCGAUGGGAUUGGCGAAAAAGGAUAGGAAUUUGACGGCGCCGGCAUCGGCUUCGAAGGAGGUGGUUGUGGAGAAGGUGGAGAGGUUUGGUGGAGAGGAGUUGAAGGAAGGUGAAUGCUUGUCGGUUGCGGCGAGGAAGAUAAGGAAUAGGCCAAUGAAGUUAGUGAUUCCGCAGAGCGGUGUUGUCGGCUCGGAGCUGGGUGAGGUGUUUGGGAAGGAGGAUGAGGAUUUGGGGAGGGGGAUGGAGGUUGAGGGGAAUGGUUAUUGGUUGGUUAGUAGGAGAGGGACAAGGCAUAGGAUGGAGGAUGGAUAUGUGGCCAUCACUAAUAUUCAUGAAGAUUCAAAACAGGCGGUGUUUGGAGUAUUGGAUGGGCAUGGUGGAAGGGCAUGCGUGGACUUUGUCUCCCAGAAGCUAGGAAAUAAUAUAAUAAAAGCUCUAGAAGAGGUCAAAGAGGAUAAUGAAGAGGAUAAGUUGGAAUCGGCAAUUAAAACGGCCUAUUUGACUACAGACCGAGAAUUCCUUAGCCAGGGUGUAAGCAGUGGAACAUGUGUAGCUACAAUAUUGAUAAAGGAUGGAAAAUUGCAUGUAUCGAAUGCCGGUGAUUGUAGAGUAGUCAUGAGUAAGAAAGGAGUUGCUGAUGUUCUAACCAGCGAUCACCGUCCUGAAAGAGAAGACGAAAGGAUUCGAAUCGAAAACUCGGGAGGCUAUGUGAGCUGCUAUAAUGGAGUGUGGAGAGUCCAGGACUCAUUAGCAAUUUCCAGGGCUAUUGGAGAUGUCAACAUGAAGAAAUGGAUUAUUUCUGAGCCUGAGACUAGAAUAAUUCAACUGAACAAAGAUUGUGAGUUUCUGAUAAUGGCUUCUGAUGGCUUGUGGGAUAAGGUUAGCAAUCAGGAGGCAGUGGAUGUAGUUAGACAGCGUAAGAACUCAAUGCAAGCUUGCAAAGAUCUUGUGGAGAUUUCAUGCAGUAGAGGCAAUAGAGAUGAUGUGACUGUAAUGGUUGUAGAUCUUCGAAGUUUUUGUACCGUUAGCUAGUUAAAGAAAAUAGCAUUAAUUAAGUUGUCAUUAGCUCAUAAUUUGUAUAUAUAAUUAUGUUGCAUUUUGCUCGAGUAAUUUAGCAUUUUUUUGUGACAAGCAUGAAAAUCUUGAGGAGGUUUAAAAUGGAGGAGAAAAAAUAGGGGGUUUUAUCCACAAAAGUCCACCCAUCAUGCUCGAAUCAACUAUAUAUGUUCCUGUUGACAUGAAGAUCAAGUUUGAUGGAGCUUAUACUUGAUUGAAUUGAGUUGGAGCACAUUUGGGCCAAAUGGAUCAAAAAAAGAUGAAUAAGUCAUAUCAAGCCAAUCAUCUUUCUUCUCUCUUGAAUGAGAGGUUAAUACAUGCGGAGUCCGGACCCAAGCUCUGUCCGGAUUUUAUGAGUGUGCGCAGUAAAAACACAAUAAAAGCGCAGCGGUGAACAAUAACUCUGCUUUUACUGCGCACACUCACAAAAACAUGACGGUUCUCCGGUCCAGACUCCGCACAUAAUAAUCUCUCAUCUUGAAUGCACAAUGCCCAUGCUAGAGAGUUCCAGUGGUGGCGAAUCCAUCUCGACAUGCCCUUUCUAUUGAUGUCCUUUCUAUUCAUCAAGGAUUUAUCAUGAGGGCUCCAAAUUCAGUUAACAUUAAUGGCAAGCUGCAAUGUCAAACUUUUUUCUGCAAGUGUUUGUUUGUGUGAUACAAUUAUGAGAUCACUAACGUUUUAGAACUAGCCAUGAUAUCCACAUAUAUGUCACGACCUUUUUGUGAUAUAUUUAAGGGAAAUGUUUCUCCUCCAUUUUGACAACAAACAAUAGAGGUUUCUAAUUAUUACCUGUUAUACUUUCAGAUGUUAUUGUUAUCCAC